AUGCCGACUCCGCUGACGGUAGGGGGCCUCACAGCCUCCGCAGUUGAGGACAAGAUCGAGCUCUUGAUUCACAACCUCGUCAACAUCAAAGACGAGACGGGUCAGUUCCUGCAGAAGCUCGCUGACGGGCGAAUCAUUGAUACGAAGGGAUGGAAUGACUGGGAAUGGACGCACGGGAUCGGGCUCUAUGGCUUGUACCAAUACCAUGCGUGGACGUCCUCGUCUUCCGCGCUCAAGACCAUUCGGGCCUGGUUCACCGCCCGGUUGGCAGAGGGGACCACCAAGAACAUCAACACCAUGGCGGUGUUUUUGACUCUGGCAUAUCUCUACGAGGAGACGGGCGAGCAAAGCUAUCUCUCAUGGCUGGACUCGUGGGCCGAAUGGGCCAUGUACGAAUUACCCCGGACUACCUUUGGCGGCAUGCAGCACAUCACGUAUGUGGAUGAGAACUACAACCAGCUUUGGGACGACACCUUGAUGAUGACGGUCAUGCCGCUGGCGAAGAUCGGGAAGUUGUUGAACCGCCCACACUAUGUUGAAGAGGCGAAACGCCAGUUCCUGCUACAUAUCCAGUAUCUCUACGAUACCCAGACGGGGCUGUUCUUCCACGGUUGGCAAUUUGACGACACGGCGCCCGGAGGAGUGGGCCACAAUUUUGCCCGGGCCCGAUGGGCUCGCGGGAACAGCUGGCUGACCAUCGCCAUUCCCGAUUUCAUCGAGCUGUUGGAUCUCCCACCGGACGACGGUCUCAGGCUCUACCUGGUGUCGGUGUUGGAAGCACAAUGCCGCGCUUUACGCUCCUUGCAGACCCCUGACGGUAUGUGGCGAACGCUGCUUGAUGUAGCGGAGGAGGAGGGAAGCUACCCGGAGGCUUCUGCUACUGCGGGCUUCGCAUAUGGCUUGUUGAAGUCCAUUCGCAAGCGGUAUAUCUCCAAAGAGUAUACAGCCGCCGCGGUCAAAGCCGUCCAAGCGGUAUUUGAGAAGAUCAGCGGUGAUGGAGAGCUCAUGGACACCAGCUUUGGAACCGCCAUGGGACGAGACUUGAAGCAUUACACGGAAAUAGAAAGAACCAGCAUGCCAUACGGUCAAGCCAUGGCGAUGAUGGCACUGGUGGAGUUUUUGAGGGUGUACAUCUGA